CUCUGCAGCCAAAUUAGACAUUUUAGUGACAUUUAUUUUGUUAAAAUUAAACAAUUCCAAUUUCACAGAGUGUGGCAGAACAGCAAAGAACAAGAAAACCACCAGAAGAGGAGGCUGAAGAGUUUUUUUUUACUCUUACAGGAACCAAGUUCUUCUUUCAGCUGCAGCAACAGACGGACCUGCAGAGGACAUUUGGGGUCACAGCAGAACUAUGGGCAAGAAGGACAACGAAUAUGGUUCUUGGGGAGUAAUGAUCCCAAAGCAGACGCCGACAGAAAGACUGAAAGCUUCAAUCAGCAUGCUAGUAACUCGCCUGACGACAACCCACUCAAGCUUGAAUCUGCUUUUCUCUGUGACAACGCUGUAAGUGCUGACGAUGAUGGAUCGAAGAAGAACCACGAGGGGAAGAACGAGGACGACGAAGAGGGCCACCUGGUCUAUCACGUCGGCCUUGUGAUGAAAGGGAAAUAUGAAGUGUUAUUUACACUGGGAGCUGGAGCCUUUGGAAAAGUGGUGGAGUGCAUUGACAGAGAAAAAGAUGAGCAUGUGGCUGUGAAGAUUGUGAGGAACAUUGAUUGUUUCCGUGAAGUAGCGAAGUCUGAGAUCGCGGUGCUGGAGGAAAUCAACAGCCUCGAUGAUGACAACAGAUUUGCCUGUGUGAGGAUGCUGGACUGGUUCGAGCACGAAGGUCACAUCUGCAUCGUGUUUGAGCUGCUCGGCCUCAGCAUCUACGAGUUCCUCCGACAGAACCAGUUCCUGCCGUUCAGCGUGGAGCAGAUCAGACACAUGGCCUUCCAGCUCUUCAGAGCCGUCUGCUUCCUGCAUCGUAACAAGUUGACCCACACAGACCUGAAGCCGGAAAACAUCCUGUUUGUCUGCUCCGACUAUGACCUGGAGUACAACUAUAACAUGAAAUGUGAGCAGAAGACACUGAGGAGUCUGGAUGUGAAGGUGGUGGAUUUUGGGACCGCCACAUUUGACCACGAACACCAUGAAUCCUUGGUGUCAACACGCCACUACCGAGCUCCAGAGGUCAUACUGGAUCUGGGCUGGAACCAGUCGUGUGACGUUUGGAGUCUGGGCUGCGUUCUGAUGGAGUUUUACCUGGGACGCACACUCUUUCCGACACACGACAGUAAAGAACAUCUGGCUAUGAUGGAGAAAAUCUUGGGACCAAUUCCCCCCCACCUGCUGAAACAGACCAGAAAGCAGCAUUAUGUUCACAAUGAGCGUGUGAACUGGGACGAGCAGAGCUCCUCCGACGAUUACAUCAGGGAACACUGUAAACCUCUCAAGCAGCUCAUGCUCAGGAAGAGCGAGGAAGAGAAGCAGCUGUUCGACCUGCUCGGCUGCAUGUUGGAGUACGACGUCUACAGACGGAUCACCCUGGAGGAGGCGCUGUGGCACCCGUUCUUCAGCCCGAUGAGGGCGCAGAAGCAGCGCAGCUAGCACACAGACACACACACACAUACACACACAUUCAUACCUCAGACUGUAAUGUAAGCAUUGUGAUUACUAAACUGUUUGGGUUUGUAGCUCUGAUUUGAUGAGUUGAAUGAUUUUCAGUUUGGUUUACAGUCAUAACAGUUUCAGAGAGCAUUCCUGUCUACUUGAAAUUAUUUUAAAACAUCUGAUCUAACAGUCAGCAUGCUGUUGUAAAAAGU